AUGACGGGCGAUGCUGUGGCGCCCAUUCGGGCCUUUGUGAUGGAUCUCGAUGGCCUGAUCCUGGACACAGAAUCUCUGUGCUUGGAAGUCGCACGGACGGUGCUGGCCCAGCACGGCAAGACCCUAACGCCCGAAGCGCAGCACGCCGCGCUCGGCCGGCGGCCGCUGUGCGCGUGGCGGGGCGUGGCGGAGGCCGUCGGGCUCGACGUAACCCCCGAGCAGCUGUUUGAAGAGAGCGAGCCGCUGCUGAGCGCAAGGUGGUCUGAAGCCAAGGUGCUGCCGGGCGCCCGGCGGCUGCUGCAGCACGCGCGCGCCGCGGGGCUCAAGAUCGCGGUCGCCACCUCCACCUCCCGCGCCACCUUUGGCAAGAAGACCGCGGACAAGCCGUGGCUGCUGGAGCUGCUGGAUGCCGUCACAUGCGGUGAUGAGGUGGAGAACGGCAAGCCGCAACCAGACGUGUUCCUGGAGGCAGCGCGGCGGCUGGGGGACGUGCCGCCAUCCGCGUGCCUGGUAUUUGAGGACGCGCCCAGCGGCGUGGAGGCCGCCGCGGCCGCGGGCAUGCGGGUGGUGGCGGUGCCGUCCAUGCUCUUACACGGCAGCACCACAGGAUUCCCACAGGCGCAGCCCAACGCGGCCUCCGGUCUCAUACAAAUCCUGCCCUCCCUGCUGGCCUUCAACGCGCCGUCCUGGGGCCUGCCGCCCUUCGCCGACGUCGUGGAGGGCGUCAUCCCGCUGGACUACCCCUUCAGGAUUAGGGGUACGGUGGUCAAGGGCUUCGGGCGCGGCUCCAAGGAGCUCGGCAUUCCAACGGCCAACAUCGACGCCGAUAGCCUCAGGGCUGCGCUGGCUGAGGCGGUCACGGGCAUCUACGCCGGCUUUGCAGCUGUGGGCCACUCUGACCAGGUGCACAAGAUGGUCAUGAGCAUCGGAUGGAACCCCUUCUUUGGCAAUACAGAGAAGACGGCAGAGCCCUGGCUGCUCGCUGAGUUUGACGAGGCCAACUUCACGUCCCUGGAGGCCCUCAUAGAGCGCAUCCACAAGGACGGGUCAGAGGCCUCCGCCGCCCUGGCCCUGCCGCCGCUCAGCGCCCUCAAGGACGACCCCUUCCUGCAGCCGCCCCCGCCUGCGGACGCGCAGGCGGGUGCUGCUGCUGCGGCGGGGGCUGCUGCUGCUGUGACUGCAUCGGGGGCCGCGGCGGUGGAGGAAUAG